AUGGAUGAUAUAGAUAUAAAAUGCAUUUUCUGUGAUCAUGAAUGUGAAUCUUUAAAGCACUUGUUUUUUGAAUGCCCUUAUGCUAAAUCUGUGGCUUUGGUGCCUCCUGUUGUGGGUAUAAAUCAUAGUAGUAAUUUAGAUUACUCUUUUGCACAAAUGAAUUCUAACUGGAUAGCAGGUAUAUAUGAAAACUCUGAGAUAGAAAUCAUGGCAACUAAAUGUUGGUUGAUUUGGAAAGAAAGAUGUCUACGAAUCUUUCAAUCCAAAUCAACAACAAACAUUCAACUAUCUCUUGCUGUUCAGAGGCACUUGACAUUUUGGUCUCCUCUGAGACAAUUAAAACAGGGAGUUAUAAAUAAUACCACUUCUGUGUUACAUAGUCAUAUUGAUAUAAAUGCUAGUAGAUGGUCAAAACCCCAAGUAAACCAACUCAAAAUAAACUUUGAUGCUUCUUGGUUUGAUUCUUCUACUCCUGCUGGAUAUGGUAUAAUUCUGAGAGAUGAUACAGGUGGUGCAAUCCAAGCCACAGCUGGGACUUUCAGGGCCUCCACAGCAGAAGAAGCAGAGGCUCUGAGUAUGCUGGAAACAACAAACUGGGCAAAAAGAAUGGACCUAAAGAACUUCUCAGUGGAAGGUGAUUGUCAGAGGCUCAUCCUUUAUGCUCAGGACAAGCAGAGCAACAUCUUUUGGAGAAACAAAGCCAUAGUAUCUGAAGCUGUGAAGAUUUUGAAGACAUGUGGAAACUUUUUGGGUUUUAUGUUUAAGAACAGGAAUGGCAACGAAGUGGCAGACAUUUUGGAAAAAGAAGCGCGUAAACAAGGAAUUCAUAAACAAAAAUGGGUGUUGAUGCCACAUUUUUUAAAUUCUGCUUUACUAUCUGAUGUUUGUUUUUCUAAUUCAGCUAAUAUUUCUAGCUUACAAAAUGGAGUUAACAUUAUGUUGGUAGACACCAAUAUCUCAAAUCAUUUGGAUGAGAUAAGGAAAACCAACAUUUUGGAUACCCCUAUGUAA